CAAAGCAGGAAUAAUGCGGCAGGCAGGAGAAGAAACUGGGGGAUAACAUGAUGAGUGCAUCACACAAUACAAGCGCAACUGGGCCGGCGGAUAAUUUGAUUCUAGUGGUUCGAUUUGCUUUAUUCCAAAAUCAUAUUCACCAUUAUUAUUAGAUUUUUGCUUGGUUGGUUUCUAAAAGUACGCGGGGGUGACGAAAACGAAAAGCUACUUUUGCCCGACUUUUGUCCACUUUUAUUUGGAACAGCGGGAGCUAGCGACGGGACUUGUUUGUUUAUAAAAUGGAAGAGAAUUUGGAGAUUGUUGUGGGAGAUAAACAGCUACAUGGCAUUCUUACAAAGCCAAAUCAAUUCAGCAGUUGGAGCAAAUAUGCAGUUAUUAUCACCCAUGGUGCAGGAGGAGAUAUAAACAAUACCCAUUUAAUACGUAUAACAGAAAAAUUGGUAUAUUAUGGCUUUAUAGUCCUGCGAUUUACCUGUAAACCACCAAAUUUUCAAUUUAGAGUCAAAUGUUAUAGAGCUGUUUUGGAAUACUGCAAGGAAAAUGUUGAUGUUACUGGAUGUAUUCUUGCAGGAAGAUCAAUGGGAGGUCGUGUAGCUGCAGAAGUUGCUUCAUCCUGUUUAAACCUGGCAAGCUUUAUUUACGGUGUUGCAUGCAUUUCGUAUCCAUUACAUCGACUAAAACAAUUUGCAGACUUACGAACCUCACACCUGUUACACCUAUCUGUACCAACUUUUAUUAUUAACGGGACAAAAGACAGCAUGUGUAAGAAAGAACUAAUGGAUCAACUAAUCCAGAAAAUGUCUUGUAGUGUGACCAUGCAUUGGGUGAAAGAGGCUGACCAUUCUCUAAAAUUAAAAGGAAAAUAUUCUGAAGAAAUCGUGGAAAAUAUGUGUGAUUGGUUUGCAACGUGGUGUCAACUGGUAUUCGCAGUUGAGAAAUCGUGAUCAAAAACAUUUUUUAACUCUUAGAAUCACACAUUAGUAUUUUUGAAAACAGAUAAUUUGUAAUUAUGUUUAUAAACACUGUCCUGCUGGUUGAAAGAAUGUUAAAAUUUUGAUUUGUACAAAUUUUCACGGUGUCUGAUUUCGCGGUGUCUGAUUUCGCAGAUUUCCUACAUUUUUGUGAUGAUUUGAUAGGAAUCUUCACAAUUUUAUUUCAUUUUAAUUUAUUGUAAAAACGGUUAGACAAUAAACAGUAAAAGAUAAAUUUUCGAAUUUUUGCAUGGAAUUUUAACUAGGAAUUUCGGAAAAAAUUUUUUUUUGAUAUUUUUUUGCCUAAAAGUAUUGUGUAUAUAUUUGAUCUUACGUUUUUGUACAUUUUUAAAAUUUUUAACAUGUCUAUUACUCCUUUUGUGGCAUCACUCUCUUUCUUUUAGGCUAAUUAAUUUUGGCAUGAAGUCUGUCUGCACAAAAUCAUGGAUAUGUCGAUUCACAAAAAUAAAUUUUUUCGAAGUUACUAGAUCAAACCCCAGCCGCUUAAUACCAGAGACUAAAAAGGUGUGAAUUGAUCUUCUUGUUCCGCGUUCGAGCUUUAAUGGAAGCGUUAAAUAUGCACUAGGACUCCCCCUCAAUUCGCAGGACCCAAUAGAAACCAAGCACUGAUUCGAGAAAGUCAUCUUCGCGAACUGUAUUUUUCCUUGAUAUCACGAAAAUUAGUCAGCUUAUGAUAUUGAUUUACGUGCUGAUCUCUAUUCCAUAUUUCUUCGCAGGUCAUUACGCUCCUAUUUUUUACGUGGAAAUCACCCUCGAAAGUAUUUUUUAUGACGUCAUAUUUUGACUGACUAGUAAAAAUGUUGAAAAAAUCGCACAUGGGAAUCGCAUAAUUAGAUGUAUCCAGGACAGUGAACUCAAUUAUUUGAAAAUAUGUUAAUGGCUGACUCAAAUAAAUGCUUAGUGGACUAUUCACGAAGUAUUUUGAAAAACUAACGUAACAAUUUGAACCAACCUCGUCCCAAGGACAUCUUUUAUCUUUUCUAACAUCGACCGAUUUGGUGAUAGACAAGCUAAUACGGGGUUGCCUUUAUAAGUACGAAUUUUAUUGUGUUUUUCUAAGAGCUAUACUAUUUGAUCGUUUUUAACCUGAUCGGGUAGAACUGAUAUUUUGCAGACCAUGAAUGCAAACAUUUGACGGCAAAAAAACUGUUUUAAAAAUAGUAUGGUUUUAUCUUACAAUUUGCCGUAAGAAAUUAUCCCAUAUUGAAAAUUAAGGCUAAAUUUUCAGACCAAACACAUAUUUCAACAUUUGUACCUAGGUAGGCGUGCUUGUUACAUGGCCUAUAAAAAAGUCCAGUUCUGUAAUUUUUAAGAGGAGUAAAAAAGUUCAUAUAUGUAUGUUAUACUGGCUAGCUGUUAUGGAAAGAAAAUACUUCCUGUUAAAGAGUCAUAAAAUUUACAGUCAAAAAAAAAAAAUAUUUCGCAACGUGGAAUUGUGUAGCUACCUUGAUGUAACUAAAAUUACACAUAAGUUUAUUUUCACGAAAUAUAAAUAUAUACAAAUAAUUUGCAAGUUUUUAUGGCCAGCAAUCCGUUGUCGCACGAUAAUAACAUUAUGAAAUACGUUCUGCGCGUAUGCCGAGUCAACAUUAAGUCAGAUGUCAUUUUU